AUGUUAUGCUACUCUUCCUUUACCCCUCCAACACCUGCCUGUAACGUGCUCUUUGAACUUGCACCAGCUUACGAAGGCGAUUUUACACUUCUAGAUCAAGUGUCAGUGACCGAUCUGAAUGAAGCUGAACGAGCAAAGAUAGAAGGCAUAGUCUGCACCGGUGGUUAUGCCCGAACAGACCACAAGUUGGGAAAAGAGACUAUGGACUUGCUACCUAAUUUGAAAGUCAUUAGCACCCCAAGCACGGGUAUAAAUCAUAUUGACGUGCAGGCAGCUACAGAUCGUGGUGUUCGUGUGGGCCGAAGUCCUGGGCAUUUUCAAGGUGACGCUGUCGCUGAAUUUGCUUUUGGAUUGCUAUUGGCGUCUGCGAGGUCGAUUGUGCUUGCUACUAAGGUCGCUAGAACACCUGUUGUUUCAUCCGACCAAGUGAGCACAACGCACAUAUUUAUUUUUAGUAUACUGAUACAGUAUGUUGAAUCCUUCGAGAUCGGGGUGGUGGGCUGGGUGGGGGGAAGGGAGGGAGGGGGUGGAGAGUGCUCUUGCUCUGUCUAGAAGCAUGUCUGCAAUAUCUUUAAUAGAGAUGGCUAGGUCAUCGGGGCAUAUCUCCAGUUUUAUCAUGCAUACCGUAAAGUGCCACCUAUAAGCUCCCCCCAAUUAUAGGUUCAUCUACCUGUAUGUUAGCCUGCGAACAGCAGACACAUUUCCGGUCGUCGCUUCUCUCCCUCCGAAAAAUAGCUAUUUUUGGAGGGAGAGAGGCGAUGACCGGAAAUGCGUCUGCUGUUUGCAGGCUACCUGUAUGUAUUAUGAUGUUUUGAAGCUUAAUUAAAAACUGGUAAAUAAUAAUAAUAAUAAAUACUUUAUUUUAUACUGCAAAAAAAUAGAUCAGCUGAGAUUAAAAAAACAGCGGUAUAAACCUUUGUGCAGUAAUAAAAUAUUUCAAGAUUAAAGAAAAACGAUAGUAUGUAGUAAAAAAGUGGAAAGACUAAUAUUUACAAUAAAAAAAGGUGUUAAAAAUUGAAGUGAAUUAAUCUACAGUCUACAUUUAUGCUGUGUUUUGUCUUAUUCUUGCAAAUACUUAAAUGUCUUUCUUUUAAAAGAUCCUAAUGGUGGGCCAUCAACAAUUUGUCUACUGUCAUACCGAGGUGCUUAGAGGAUCUCUUCUGCUCUAGAAGCGAAUCACCAUAAGAUAUACAAACAUCUCUGGCCGUUUUGACUGCCCUGUGUGAUGCUGAUCACAAUGUAUUUUGAUCAGCACUGCUGUAGCUUGUGUGGAAGUGUUUUGUCUAUUCCAGCUAUAACCUCUGUUGGAUAUAAGCCCCUCCCUUUAUAAGCCCCCCUAAAACUUUUUAACAAAGAUAUAUAAGCCCAGGGCUUAUAAUGGGACUGUUUGUGGUCGUAACCAAUCCAAGGUUUGUUAAAAAGACAAUGUGCAGUGGAGUAAAGAAGGCCAGUAGAAGCAGGUGAAGGGAGCGAGCACUAACAAAACAUCACAUCUUCACUUUCUGAUCAUCUACGUCCACAAAUAUAAUAUACGACGGUUCCCCAUAUUUACAUAGAUAUGGUUUUCUGGAGCUCACAGCAUUGACAUGAAGCUGGAGCUCUAAAAAGUGUUGCCUGGUUGGUAGAUGACCACAAACCUUAAGGGACAGAAGAAAGAGGCUGUUGUAGAGAGGUUUAAAAAAGAGUGAAUGUAUAGACUGUCCACCAAAAAAAGUGGCUGUUGUAUAGAGGUGGCUGUUAGUGGAGGAUCGAUUGUAAUCUAAAAGCAGUUAAAGCAGCACUGAGCAUUCACACCCAAUUGAUGCCAGCUGUAUCUGCACCUCUUUAAUUUGGGAGGUCAAUGGAUACUCUCCUGAAAACUGACUCUUUUUUGAGGAUUGAUUUCUGGACUUCAAAAGAGUUUUUUUUCUUGUUCUGUCAUGGCAAUAUAAAUAUUUACUACAAUAUUGUUAUAAUUAUUGAUUUUUAUUUUCUAUCUGGCAUUUAACUGAUACUGUCAUGUUUUUUUCAAUUUAGCAAAAAAUACAAACAUUCAAACCUAUACAGCAAGUCACUGGUUCUACUCUUGGCAUUAUUGGUUUUGGGAAUAUUGGACAAGGAGUUGCUAAAAAGGCAAAAGGAUUCAAGAUGAAAAUCUUGUAUCACAGUCGUACUAGGAAAGGAGAUCAAGAGAAAUGCUUAGGUAAGGAUUGAUGAGACAGUACUUUGAAAAACUCUAACUACAGUUGAACCUCCAUGAGUGACCACCUCUCGUAAGCAACCACCUCCAAUAAGCGACCACCAAUCCAAAACUCAGUCAAAGCCUUAUAGAUGGAACCUCUAGUAAAUGACCACCUCCUGUAAGCGACCACAACGACUUUUUGAGCGUGAUGGUUAACGAUUAUCCAUUGUUUUUAACCUCUUGUAAGCGACCACUUCAUGCAUUCUUUGAUCUCUAUGUUCCCUGUGUGCACUAUGCUACUUAGAAUAUACGAAGAACUUUAGUGACAACAUGGAACUACACAUUGCACGCAAUAAAUUGUCUUCCAUAAAGUAAAUGUGCCUGGACCUCUUCUCGUUAGAGGCCCCCUGUGGUUUGAUUCUUGUAAACGACCACCUCCCGUAAGCAACCAGCCAGUCUUUGCAUUUUGGGUGGUAGCUUACGGGAGGUUCGACUGCGUUACACAGCUGGUAGUAGGGGAGGGCAUAGGGUACACAUGAACCCCUUAUGACAGGGAAAUACCCUCCUUAUAUGUAAAGAAAAUGUAUUAUUUGCUGCGGCAUUUAACAACAACAAUUACAUAAUAAUAAGGAUUUUAAGUGAGUAAAUGAUUCACUUCAUAUGAAUAGAACUUUAUGAGCCCAAAAUAGAAUUAAACUUUUGAUGUGUAUCAUUUUUUAAAUAGGUGUUUCAUUCUGCCCAGACUUGAAGAAACUGUUGCAAGAGUCAGACUUCGUCAUUUUAUGCUUGCCAUAUACUGAUCAAACCAAGCAUAUCAUUUCAUCAAAGGAACUUUGUCUUAUGAAACCCACAGCCACACUGAUUAAUGUGGGUCGUGGUGGAACUGUCAAUCAUGAUGACCUGACAGCAGCACUACGGAAUGGAGUCAUUAGAGGAGCUGCACUGGAUGUUACAGAGCCAACUGAUCUUCCUAAAGACCAUCCUCUUUUUAAAAUGCCAAAUGUGAUCAUCACCCCACAUAUUGCUUUUUACACAGAGACUUCACAUACAAAACUGUAUUCUUGUACAUUGGAUAAUUUGAAAGCUGGAAUCAAAGGCAAAGAAUUGCCUUAUCCAGUGAAUAAUGUCAGUCAUUAAUUAGUUAGAGACUUCUAUGCCUAUUGUAUCGCCCUUUCUGGUGCCCUUUCUGGGGGCACAAGCAAAAAAAGGUAUGUAGUUCAUUCAUAAGAGAAUACAUAUCUCUUUGUUUUGACUAAAUCUCCACUUGUGGGGCACACCAUCUUUCAUGACAGCUUCCUGGGUGGAGGGGUUCUUUUCAAAAAAUCCUCCAAUUAAUUCAUUAGCCUUCGAACAAACUCUCCUGCAGCUCCUGGGGUACCACCCUCAUACCCCCAGAAGCUCCAGAAGAGCUUGCUCACAGGCUACCAAUUCAUUGGUGUAAGGGCUUGUAGGGCAUUUCAAUGA